AUGACCGACACCGCGCGCAGUCGCCAGACUCGUCAGGCUCCGACUCUAAUCAAGCAAUGGGACGAAAACGGGGCUUCAGCCAAGUCACAUCUUCCCCGUCUACCCAGCGAGCGGAUCGGAUGGAAGACGCUAGGAGAUAUGAAGAUAGUCAGUCCCGUCGGGAUGCACAAUUCUGCACCCAAAGAUGUCUCCUCGGGCUGCAAACCGGGGGUAACCUAG